AUGGCUUGGGGAGAUGAUGCUUCUCUUGGAUGUAAUAUGAGACAUGGACCAGUGCCGUGGGUGAACAUCGUUAAUGAUAAAAUUCCUCCAACACUUCCCAUUCCAAAAGAAAAAUUCCCUGCAGUUAAAUGGAAACCUGAUGCUACUCAUGCGUUUGAAUAUCAUUGUGAAUUUUGUCCGAAAAACUAUCCAAAUGAUUACCAAAACAAUUUUAUUAAGGAGCUACAAACUGAAUAUGAUGAUGUUGAAAUGAAUAUUUCUAUUUGGGAUGGCACAGAAUUUAAAAAACUCAAGAGAAAGCAUAGAGGCAAGCCAAGAGUAUUGAAUAACAUUCUUUUUGUAUGGCCAGAUAAAAAUGGUAAUGUUCCUCUUGCAAAUCUAUUAAAUUCAGGAAUAGACAACAUUGGAGAGUCUCUUUGUAUUGUAGAAUGUACUGAUCAAACAUGCCCUGACCCGAAUUGCCCUUAUAAAAUUACCAAAAAUCUUGUUAGUCCAAAAGUAUCACUAGCAUUUUUCCCUGAUAAAGAAUGGAGCGUGAUUGCUGAAGAAUUCAUUAAAUCAGAUAAGUUACUUUUCCUUUAUCAAGGUGAUACUUUUAAUGAAGACAACAAGAGCUAUGAUGAUAAUUAUACUUUUCAAUACUAUAUUGGAAACUCUAAUCCAGUUAGCAUAGAUGCAUCAAGAACUUGUAAUGCGUCAAGAUUUAUUAACCAUGCAUGCUAUGAUGAAAUACAAAGAUUCCCUCAACCUAAUUGUACUGCUUUUAAUAUAACAUCAGCAACAUAUGAUUUCAGAAUUGCAAUCUUCUCGGCAAGGGAUAUUUAUCCUGGAGAAGAAUUAACAUUAAAUUAUAAAAAUGUCAUGAAAGAUAAAAUAUGCAGUUGCAACAGAUGUAAACAACAAAGGAAUAAAAAUGUUUAA